ACAAGUCACAAAGUUUUAAGAAAGAGAGAAACAAUGACGAUAAAGGUAGUUGUUGAUGUGUCUGUGAAUGGAUGUCAACCUCGACCAACUUUGAAGAAUUGUAUUUUAGGAUGGUUGAAGCCAAUGGUACCAUGCUUAUUUAAACAAACUUCUUGCAAAAAUAAAAUCAUGAAGAUAGCAGCAACUUUACCAGGAGUGGUGAACGUAAGUUUAGAUGAAGAAAAGAAAUUACUGACAGUGAUUGGAGAGGGAAUAGAUGCAGUGGAGCUGGUUAAUAUAAUUAGGAAAAAAGUGGGAUUUGCUAAUAUAGUGAACCAAGGUCCAGUGCCAGUUGAGAAAAAAGAAGAAAAAGAAAAGAUAAAAGUUGAUCCACCAGUGGUUAAUUCAUGUAAUUGUCAUAGUAAUUAUAAUAAUAGGGUAAUUCCAAGCUGGGUUGAAAUGUACGAAGUUCCUUAUAAUAACCACUCAUGUUUUCCAUUUUGAUGAUGAGACUUCUUUGAGGAAAAAUAAGAAGAAUUAUAGUAUU